GUUGGCAUCGUCCGCGCGGCCUCGCGGCGCUGGUGGACGCUGAGCACGGCGCUCUGGGGCUGUGCUCUCCUCCUGGGAAUCCUGCGGUCUCUGAGAAUUUUGUUCCAGUUAAGAAGAAAAUUGAGGCAGCACAAGGGCACAUCUUCACCUCUGAGUGAGCAGGAGAUGAAGGCCCAGGUGAAGGCUGAGGUUCUGAGCAUCCUCUCAGAUGCAGCAGAUCUCUCCAACGCGAUCCAUUGGCUGCCUCCAGGAUUCCUGUGGGCAGGACAGUUCCCACCAUGGUUAGUUGGGCUCCUGGGGACCAUCUCCUCCCUCAUUGGAAUCUACCAAGCAUCGAGAGGAGGAUAA